GCCAAGUCCGUCUUUUGUUUUUGUUUCUGUCUGGGUGCUCUUUAUUUCCGCGCUCAUCUUUCUAUUGUUUUCGCUGCGCGCUCCUCCCUCGGGGAAAAACUCCCGUGAAACAGGUGAAAAGUGGGGAAAACCAAGGUGCAAAUUUCCUCGCCCGUCGCGGUCCAGUCAGUUUCGAUUUGACAGUCGUCGCGCACAGUUGUGUUGUGAAGAGUGGGGAAGUGAAUUUUGAAAUAUUUUUUUCUGCAGAUUGUUGUUAUCGUUGCGCAAGGCCCCGCACACGAAAGAGAAAGGCCCCUCCCGCUUGCCGUACGUUGUGUGGCCAAGGGUUCCGUCCGUCCGCCCGAGAGUGGUCACAAAGCGUAGCGAGAAAAAAUCGAAGGAAGGAAAAAUCAGCCGCGGAGGCGAGAAAGUGAAAUUGUGAUUUGCACUUUGGUUUUUGAGCUGCUGCUGCCUCUGCUGAUUAGGCAACAAUUUUUGAAGCAGUGUUUUUGAGUGUGUGGGUUUGUGCGCGCCGUUGAUAAGAGCAAUAACAUAAAUAAAAAAAUAUUCCCAGGCUAUCGAGAAGAGCCCCUUUAUCAAGUGGAAGAGGAGAACAACCAAAAGAGCUGGGCUAUUGCGACUCUCGCAAAGCAAAUUCAAGGUUGUUCAGAAUUGAAGUGCUCUGAAAUUUAGCCCAGAUUCGUGAUUUUCUUCCCCUUCGGGGACCAGCAGCACCAGCACCAUGAGCAAGCAUAUGUACUCGACGGCCAACCUGACCGAUGUCGAGCUCAAGGACCAGGGCAAUCGGAUGUUCUCCGCGCGGAAGUACGAGGAUGCCAUCAACCUGUACACGAAAGCAAUCAUCAAAAACCCCACCAACGCCACAUACUUCACAAACCGCGCCCUGUGCCACAUCAAGAUGAAACGCUGGGACUCGUCCUGCACGGACUGCCGGCGCGCCCUCGACAUGGACCCGAACCUGGUCAAGGGGCACUUCUUCCUGGGGCUCAGCCUGAUGGAGCUGGAUUCGUUCGACGAAGCGAUCAAACACCUGAUGCGGGCCCACGACCUGGCCAAGGAGCAGAAGCUCAACUUUGGCGACGACAUCGCGUCCCAGCUGCGGUUGGCGCGGAAAAAACGCUGGAACAUCCAGGAGGAGAAGCGCAUCUGCCAGGAGAUCGAACUGCAAAGCUAUCUGAACCGACUCAUCAACGAAGACAUGGAAAACAGAAUAGCAAAGCUCAAGCUGGACGACACACUGAACGAGGAUGCCUUCAAAGAUAAGUCGCAGGAAAUUGAGAGCGAAUGCGAAAAUCACACCAUCGAACUGAACAACAUAUUCGCCAAGGUGGAUGAGAAGCGAAGGAAACGCGAAAUUUCCCUCCGCACGGCUGGGAUCUUGCCCCCAUGGAAAGCAUGGGACGGUCGGAGGGCUUGUAAUGCACUUUACCAAUACGGAAAGAGCUGGGGAGCAUUUGUUCCCCAUACUAGCGCCAGUCAAAGAUGUUACACAUUGAUCUUUGCCGAGUGGUGUCUGGAAAUAUUAAUAGUUCUUUAUUAGUUAUUUGAAGAAUAUUUACAGUGCCACAGUUUUGAAGAAUAAAUCCAGACGGAACCGAAUGAUCGAAUGCUUCCUGUCGUCGGAAAAUUCGGAGCAACUGGAGCGUACCUAGCGGCCGGGUUGUGUAGCGUAAUGGAACUCCGAUUUCGAUAUGAUGGUACCCACGGCGGAGCUGGUCAAAGGACAAGCAGGACAAACUCGUUACUGGCCAAUUGCGACUUAUGCUUGCGAAGGUGAUCGAGGACAUCUGACGGCGGUUGCGGAGUCGUCCUCUUUAAAGCUAAGUACUCAUGCAUGAUAAUCGUAUUACAGGCCUGCCUUUUCUGGUCAUGUUGAAUACGAUUAACUGCAACUCUAACCACUUUAAAUUUCAGCAAAAUUGACAAGACUUUUGACGAACGUGACAGGACAGGGGACUGUAAAACAUUUUAUACAAGUUCCGACUUUUUUAUGUGGGAAAAUUUUGCCCGACGUGUGUUUCUUUACAUUUGUUAAAUAAUUACCUUUGCUGAUUGAGUUUAAACCUCAACAUAUGAAUUCAUUUUAAUAAUUUGGCCUUUGUUGGAACAGUUAAGGGUCACAUAGUAAAAGUCCGUUGGUGUGUGGAUAGUGUACCCCGUUCGCUCGAGUUCCUUGGGGUCAGUUCUGUAGGUUUUAACAGUCUCGACAGUUAAAACCUACAGUUCUGAUUUUGGGAAGCUUGUGCGAAUGGGGUUUUUAAUGAACAUUGGGGGCGGCGAUUGAGCACGAAGUUUCGAUUUAGCUUAUUUACAUCAUUACACGAUUACAUACUCUCACAAACACAAUCUCAUUUUAACCUACCCAAUCAUGUCCUCAAUCCCCGCUCCCAUGGAGUGUGAGCGAUCCGCAUGUGA